UACCGGUUAACGUGUGACCUUGCUCGUGUUGGAAUCAGCAGAAGUAACCAUGCCGGCGAUUCCCCCAGCAGCCAAAGCAUCCGAUGACUUCUCGACAUCGAUGAAAGGAGUUAAGGCCAUUUUACUUGGACCCCCAGGUUCGGGAAAAGGAACACAGGCUCCGAUGAUGGCAGAAAAAUAUUGUUCUUGUCACUUGUCAACAGGUGACAUGUUGCGUGGUGUCGUGGCGACUGGUAACAGUCUAGGUCAGCGUAUCAAGAAGGUCAUGGACGCAGGUCAGCUCGUUAGCGAUGACCUGGUCGUCGAGCUAAUUGACCAAAACCUUGACAAGAAGGAAUGUAAAAACGGCUUCCUCCUCGAUGGAUUUCCUCGGACUGUGGCCCAAGCCAAAUCUCUGGACGAGUUGCUGGCUAAGAGAAAGACGGCGCUGGAUGCCGUGAUCGAGUUCGUGAUCGACGACUCUCUGCUGGUGAAACGGAUCACUGGUCGUCUCUUUCACAUCAAGAGUGGGCGGAGCUACCACACAGAGUUCAACCCGCCUAAAGUACCCAUGGUGGACGAUGUAACUGGAGAGCCUCUUAUACGCAGGUCGGACGACAAUGAACAAGCGUUGAAGAAGAGACUGGACGCUUAUCACCAACAGACGAAACCGCUGGUCGACUACUACAAGAAACAGAACCUGCACGUCCCCAUCAAUGCUGCCCUGCCCCCCCAGGCUGUGUUUCAGGUUAUCCAGUCCAUGUUUAGUCAGAAGAAGUCGAAGGACAAAGUCCUGUUCUUUCAGAAUUAGUCCUGCUAGCCUUAACUUAGACCAAACUACAACGGAUUCUGGUUAAACUGGAUUUUUUUUUCUGGAAACGGUAUUUUUCUACACAAUUGAUUUUUUUUUUUUUAACAUAUUGUCACAAUGCAGGGCUAUAGAUUGCACCAAAGCUGAGGCGUUAAAGCAGUGUUUCUGCCAGAACAAUAUUUUUGGGUAUGGCGCUAUGGAACUAAAUGCAACCACAGUCAACAAGGGGGUAAUGGAAGCCUCCCCAUGAGAAAGAAAAUGGGUUAAGUUUAGGGUUAGGGUUAAGAAAAUCAUACAGUAAUGAUAAAAGAGCAAUUAAUUUUGUCAAAAGGUUAACUUUUGAAAAAAAGAACAUUCUGCAAAAAAUAUGGGUAUGGCGCCAUACCCGUUUUACCCUUUGGCAGAAAGCCUACAAAGUGUGUGCCCAAAAUAGAAAUACUCCUAAUCUCAAAGCAUUUCACCUCUUAAAGGGACAUUCCUGAGAUUGCUGCAAUUUUUAUGAUGUUAUCGACUAAAAGAGACUUUUUAACAAUUGUAAUUACAUAUCAAAUAUAUUUUUCUGCAUAAAAUAUU